AUGACAGCUCUUCCCGACAACGCAACUGCGCCCGUAGGUAUCCUCCCCCAGCAGCCGUGCCGCGCGGCUCCCUCUCCAGGUUUGCCUGUCUCCCCGCUGCCUCGUCGUGUGGAGCCCUUGCCAGCAGCCUCCAGCGAGCUGGCGCGAGCGUCUGCGCGACCUCUCCUGGCUGCGGCGGCGCCAGCGCGCCCGGAGGCGAAUCCCCGGGGGUGCGCGGACAGAGAGGCCGGCGCGAAGGCGCUGCCGUCUGCUUUCCGUGGCGCCGCGCCUGAUCCCUCCCUCGACGCUGCGCCGAGUGAACUCCCGACGCUAGCCACUGCGGCGUCCCUCCUCUCCACGCAGGGCGAGGAGAAGGGUGCCGCUGCGCGUCCGUCUGUCUCCUGCGCGGCGGCCGCGUCCCCCGUGCGAGGCGCAGGCGCUGCGAGGGGGGACGCGGGGCGCGACGCCCGCCGGGGGAGACAGACGGACGCGCCCGCGGCGUCUGCGCAGCCGUGUGGCGCCCCCGCAGCUGCUUUCGCGCCAGCGGCGAGCCUCCAGGGCGCCGGCGGGCCUCAGGCGACCAUCCCCUGCGCAGGACAUUUCACGUCCGCCGCAGUCGACGGCGCGUCUCCUGGGGUCGGGGGCGAAGACGGGGGCGAAGACGGCCUUGUGCAGCGGUUUCUGAGCCUUUCGAAGAACCUCGUGUUUCGCCGGCGCGUCUUGACGCCAGACGAGCGCCCGUCGUCGCGUUUCGACGGCAACGCGUACUACACGUGGGUCGGCGCGACGCAUCUGCCGCACCACGAAGGCGCCAGAAGGACGGAGAGCUCGCUCGGCAGCCACCCCUCGGGCCCCGCGCCCUUCUUCUUGGCCUCGGCGCCCAGCCCCUCUUGCGGCGGCGCCGCGCCUCCUCCGGUCUGUGCGACGAGCCCUGCUGCUGGCGCGGCGCCGGUUGCGCCCUCAGGCACCCCGCGCUCGCUGCGUACGCCGGCUGUCGCGGCGGCGCGACUCGCCGCGUCGCAGCCGCGCGACAAGUCGACUCAGAGCGCGGCGAGCGCGGGGCCGCGUCAGUUUCUGGAGAGGCGCAGCGGCGAAACGGGAUCCGUGGGAGCGCCUGUGAGAAUCCGACAUCUCAUCGAGCUCCGCGCCAGCGACAGAGCCGCGGGCGCCGCACGAAGACUGUGCGUAAACGGCGAAGGGGACAUCCCGGCGACACUUAAGGCACAGGUGGUGCAGCACAUCCCCGGAAGAAUUGCCGUCUGGGUGCGGCAGAGCCGCCGCUUCGAGGCUCCACGCCGCGUGCCGCAGUCGGCAGCGACGGGCUCUCAAGGCGUUGAGGCCUGCAGCCUGCCUUCCUGCGUCAUCACCUAUGUCCUGCGCGCCGACGUUUGCGGCGCUGCCGGCGCGGCGGUGCGCAGGGGCAGCGGACUCGAGUCUGUCGCCCUCGCUCGACGCCGCCGCCGCGGAGUUCGUGCCGCCGACGCCGUCGUCGGUUUCCAGCGACAGCCUCGCGGGGUACCCGCGCACGACGCGGUGUCUGUCCUGCGCCAAGGGGGGCCUGUCUGCCGCGCGCCCCCAGACUACUAUCGUCCGCUGAUCUCGUGCUGCUUCGAGAACACGGCUACCCCGCGAGUGCCGGCGUCGUUCUUGCCCCUGGAGGCGCAGCGGCUCCUCGUGGAGGCCACCGCACGGUCGCCUUCGCCGGCGGCGGCGCGUCUCUGCAACGAGGCCUUCCCCCUCCUCGCGGCGACCUUGCCGCGGACACUCUUCUUCGACCCGCCAAACGCCGCCGCGCUCUUCCCCUUCCGCGCAAAGCCGCUGGCGGGCGACGCGCAGACCGCGCCCCAGCGCCUUCCGUGCGGAGGCGCCGCGCGCGGGCGCGCCGGGAGCGACGCCGAGAGAGACAGGCUGGAGGCGGCGCUCCGAGCGAAGGAGGCGGGCGACCGAUGCAGGCAGCAGGGCGACGACGAGGCGGCGCCGGCGCAGCAAGACUCCGCGACCCUCGCCAGGCGCACGAUGUCGCUCGUCGCCGAGCGGCUGGGCGACACAGACGCGAGACGCCGGGAGGCGCCUGCUCGUCGGCGGCGCCAAAGCAGCGACGCCUACUGCCCGACGCACCUUUUCGAGACCUCGCCUGCGCGUCGAACGGACUGGCAUCCUCCCUUCUUGGACUCGCGCGCCCUGGAACCCGAGCCGAGCAAAACUUCGUCGCCCUCUCGGCGCGUGGAGUACUACUUCCUCGCCGCGUCAGCGGCAGCCAGGCGCCGCCGCGCGGGGGUCAAGGCGGCGCAGGGCAGCCGGACGCGGGCGGGGACGGGCCCGGCGGUCAGAGAUAGGGAGGCCGCCGGCGACCAGCGGGCGGCGGAGCUUGAUGACUCGUUGAACCUGGCGGAUAGCGCGGAAGAAGAGGAGGAGGUUCCCUCUCGGUCUUCGUCGAGUUUCUCGCUUUCGUCGCGGCUCGUGUCGCGCGAGAGUUUGGGCGGCGAAGCGCUUGAGCGACUCUUCAGCCACGAGUGCCUCGCGGCGACCGGGAAGGAGCCGCAGCCGCGUCACUACUCCGCAUUUGUCCAGUGUCGGCGCGCGACCUGCGAGAUCUACUCGAUGGAGGACGAAGCGUCCAGCGACGGCGUCAGCCUGUCCUCGCGCGCGCCGACCGCGCGGACUGCACAGGGCGAGGAGGCCGCGCAGCGGCGCGACGGCGACGCCGCGACCACCGCCGAGGUGACGCGUGAGAAGUCGGGCGACGAGCGGGGAGUCUCCAGCGGGCGCGCGCUAUGUCCCACUCUCCCGCUGCAGGACAACGCCGUGGAGGAGUGGCUCCUGAUCAGCGGCGCCAGUCUGCCGCCGCUCGCCCUCGCCAAGCUCGUGGCGCCGGACCGCCCGCCCCCCACCGGCCUCGCGGGCGACUGCCCCGAGGUGGGCGAGGAGACUCCCGCGGCGGCGCAGCACCCGGCGGGCGACGCCGGGAGGGCGUUCGACUCGCCGCGCGACUCUGCGCUGGCGAACGGAGACGCUGAGGCCGAGGAGGACGCCCAGCCUGACUCAGAGCGACGCAGGACGGUGAGCGCGCGAGCGAUGCAUGCCGGCAAGGAGCAGGCGGGGAGCGUCGAGCCGCGGCGCGCCGCGUCGGCGCAGGCAGAGCCGCAGGGCGACAGCGGCCGAGCCGAAGAUGCAGAAGAGCGGAAACAGACUUCGCGUGUGAAGGAAAUGGCGCUGAAGUGGGACAGGGCCGCGGCGAGCAUUCAGUAUAGUCGCGGUUCCUUGAGUCUCGCCUCUCCCCGGACGCGACCCGGCCAUGAGAGGGCAGCGUCCGCCGAUUAUUCCGAGGACGGGGCUAGCGCGUUGUAUGCGCGCUACGGCAACGUGGCAGAGAGAUAUCUUCAGCAUUUGAAGCGCACGGGAGGCGCUUCUGAGGAGACUCACUCCGCGCCGCCGGCGCCGCAGGCCCCAGGCCGCAGGCCCGCCUCCCCCGCAGAGGCCUCCAGCGCCCCUGCCGAAGUUCCUCUGCGUGCGUCUCGGCGUGAAGGCGGAGGCGACGCCCGCGCAGCGGAUGCGCCGCAGGACGGCGCAGGCGCGGCGGAGUAUGAAGCGGCGUGA